AUGACAUCCCAACGCCAGGCUUCAUCAGCCUCCCAAACUCCCCAUCUUUCCGCCGCUGAGCUCUCCUACCUCUACACCUCCCUCUCUCUCGCCAAGAACCCCAUUCGCCCUGACGGCCGCUCGCCAACACAGUUUCGUCCACUUACAGCCGAAUGCGAUAUUCUGCCCGGUACAAAUGGUAGUGCGCGUAUCGGCUUCGCGGACGGAACACAGGCUAUUGUCGGUGUGAAAGCGGAGGUUGAGAAGACGACUUUGACGGCUGAUACCCUUGAUGCGCGAUCGCUUUCGCUACAGAAUGAUCUUGGACCGAGUGGAGAUGGGCGCGAGGGAACAGAGGGAUCGUCGGCUGCGACGGGUGGACAUGGAUCUUGGGUACAAAUGAGCAUUGAAAUCCCGGGUUUUAGGGACGAUGAUGCGUUGCCUGUUUUUCUUUCCGAGAUGAUGCGGGAAAGUCUUGUCGGCUCGGUAGGGGGCAAGGACGGGGAUGGUAUUGAGAGGGGUAUGGCUGGGGGGUUGAAGGGAAGAUUGGUUAUUAACAAACGGUGGCAUUGGAGAUUGUAUAUCGAUGUUCUUCUCCUCUCGCAGCCUUUGUCAUACCCGCUUCCUCUUCUCUCUCUCACGACUCACCUCGCUCUCUUAUCUACCAAGCUUCCGAAACUCAAGUCCCAGGGCGAAGAGGAUCCUUUCUUCGACGAUGACUGGGCUGUCGCAGAGUACUUGUACCCGCGUGCAUCGGCGGGCCUGAAAUUCAACCCAUCACUACAAGUUCGUCCUCCGGUCACAUUGCUUGUGAUCUCAGUAGGCGAGAACGUCAUUUUCGAUCCCAACCGCGAAGAAAUUGCCGUCGCGGAUGCUGUGCUCGCUAUUUCCGUUACCCGCGAUACUGAAACCCAAGGCUUGAAAAUGCUUUCUAUUCGGACGGUCGACCCUCCGUCUAGACUUACCCAGCCUGGUGUUCCUAAUUCCGAAAAUGUGAAUAUGCUUGGUUCGACCGCCCCGGGCGAGAGUCAGGCCGUCUUGAACCCUGCAACUGGGGAAGAGGAAAUCCCUGGUGUUUGGCGCCCGAGGAGGGGUGGAGUCAAGCGCAGUGUGAUUGCAGGUAUGGUCAAGACUGUGUUGAAGAAGGGAGGUGUGGGUGAGGAGGUCCUUGCGGGAUUGGAGGGCGUUCAGGUUGGCUGA